UGUUGUCUGCAGUGAUAUCAUAACACUGCAAUGAGGGCGCGCGCUCACAUGACCGCCACCCGUCCCCAUCCCUGGAAUAGACACAGAUGUUUGUAAAAAUCAGCCCAGAUCAUAUGACGUCCUGUCUUGUGUAGGUGUAACUGGGGCAAAUGGUAGGCAAGGGGAAUAAAAGGAGGAGGAAGGAUGACAGCUGAUCCGCUCAUCCCUCUGCCACCACUGCCAGCCUCAUACUAAAGAAGAAGAAAAUGGCUCAGUCUGUAAGGAGGCCUGAGACUCGGGGAGCCAUGGACCGCGAGCCCCAGAGGGACAAGACCAGGACCAGCUACUUUGGCAACGUCAAGACCAGGCUGGGUUCCAAGCUUCCUCCUGGCGUCUCUCAGCCUCCACAGUUCGCUAAGCGUCCCUGGGAGAAUCAGCCUCAGGCCCGUGUGAUGCAGGAGCCUGUGGCCAGCAGCCAGCGUCCGCUCCAGCCCACUGUGGGCCGGCCUCUCAACCACACCCCCCACAUCAGAAACCCCAAACUGCGGCAGUACUAUUUGCAAGGGACUGCAUGGGACCUUAACAAUACUGCAGUGAAGCAAGAGCAUAUGAGCGGACCAUCAGGUGACAGCACAAGCAGCAGGGGUCUCCCUGGGGACACGGUGUUCAGCAUCUCGUCAGAAUUCAACUGUAAAACAUCCUCCUCAGCAGAAGAGGGAAAAAUGGACAGAUCUUCAAAUGUACCCUCUUCCUCUGCUACGCUCAUCACUAGAGAGCAGCUUGUCGUACCGACGGGAAAAAACACUUCCACCGGUCAAGGAUCCUCUCAACCAGAACUGGACUCUGAUCCUAAACUGAAGCGGGAGGAAGAGGCUGAUCUGGACUCUUUGGAAACACUCGCUGCUCAACCCCAGCCCCCCUCCCCAGAGGCUGAAUAUGACAAACUACUGGAUGUGGAGGCGGUGCCGAUGCCUGACGGACAGCUCUGCUUAUUGGCACUGCCCCCAGAGUGCUGCCAGGCGGAGGGACCGGAGGCCAUGAGGUACCUCAAACUGUUCUGCCGCCACAUCACAGACCGUAAGGGUGUGGUUUCAGGUAUCCUGCUGGUGACUGCUAAUAAAAUCUUCUUUGACCCGUGUAAGACACACGCUCUGGUGAAGGAACACGGCUGUGAGGAAUACCUUCUGUCCUGCUCUGUUGACAACCUGGCAUCUGUCUCCUUUUUCUCGGACAUCUCUCAUGUUCACUUCAGUACGUCCCAGCAGAGGAGAAAAGGAAAGAAAAUGUUCCAGAAAUUGAAAACCACUAAAAUCCCAGCAAGCGGCUUCCCAAACCCAAAGGGGGAGUCUCUGGUGUCUUUGGCUCCAUCAGAUUUGUCCAGUCUGGCUCUGAGCCUGACCAAAGAGAUUUCUGGGGAGGAGGAGGCGGAGAGCAGAGACAUGGAGAAGGUGGAGGGGGAGUUUGAUAGCAGCCCUCCAGAGUUGCUGUGUGAGUCGUCUGAUGGAGGUCUGGGAGUGUCCGUCCUGAGCGGUACUGCCACCUUCUGCUGCGGAGCUCCAGAGGCGGCCAGUAAAGUGAGGACGGGGCUGCUGCUGAACAAUGAAACGGGGAAGACCUCUGUGAAGAGUCAGACUGCAGUGCCUCAGCGGUCCUCAACAGGAAGUCCUGGGAGCCUGAUGUUCGUGCGGCUGCGGGUUCAGCCGUCUGCAGGAAAGAAGAAGGGCGCCAGACGCCUUCAGCUGGGCUCGACUAAAAAAAGGGAUGCUUGGCUUGCACUUUCACAAGAGAGCUCCGACGAGCUGCGCGCAUACCUGACUCACUCUCGACCAGACCUGUGCAUACUGGAAGGAGGGGAGGAAGAGGCGGACCGCGACGAAGAGGAGUUUGUACUCAUUGAGGACAGAGAGGAAGAAGAGGAGGAAGGGGACGAGGAAGAUGUGUUCCAGAGGCACCGCAGCUCAGGGGACGACUGGGAGAUGGUGUUGAUGGAGGAGAGCGGGGAAAAGCCAACCCUGGUCAUGGACAAGGAGCCCGACGGACUUAAUGAUAUUGUAGCGAGCAGCAACAUUUUAGAAGCUUCACAUGUCAAAGAGCUGUGUCAGGAGCUUCCCCCCGAGGACAGUGGGCUACAACUGGCACCUGGCUUACAGUACGUCCCGUCAUGGCGCCAGCCUCAAGUGCCUCUACAGGAAACUCAGCAAACUGGACUCCCCUGUGCUGAUUGUCAUCAAAGAUGCUCUCGAUGAGAUAUUCGGGGCCUUCCUCUCUCACCCUCUGAGGCCGAGUGAGACGUUCUACGGCACAGGAGAAACUUUCCUUUUCAUGUUGCAUCCUCGCUUC